AUGCAGUCUGCCUUGUUCAACUUUCAAUCACUUCUGCUCGUGUUCUUGCUUAUCAUCUGCACGAGCACAUAUGCGCACUCGAUGAUGCCUGGGAUCAUGGACCGCAAUCAGAGCGGCUUCUUUGGGAUCUUCUGGAAGUGUGCUCGAAUUGGUGAACGGUUGAGCCCCUAUGUCAGUAUAUGCUGCGUCGUGAUGGCUGUCUCGAUCUUCUUCGGCGGCUGA